GUGAAAUCGUUAUCCUUAGCAUCAUUCCUCGAGAAUAAGUUCUUCAGUAAAGGUAAUUUCAAAAUGGCAUUCAAAUUAGUUCUAUUGGCCACCUUGGUCGUAGCUGCCAGCGCUGGAUUGAUCCCAGAGCAUGGAUACGCUUCUUCACAUCAGUCUAUCCAACAUCACCAUGCCGCUCCAGUUCAUCACUUGGCUGCUAUUCAAGCUGCUCCGGUGCAUCAUGUGGCUGCAAUUCACGCCGCACCUGUCCACCACACCAUCGUGAAAGAAGUUGAGCAACACGCCCCGGCUAACUACGAAUUCUCCUACGCAGUCCACGAUGAACACACCGGAGACAUCAAAAGCCAACAUGAGACACGCCACGGAGAUGAGGUCCACGGACAGUACAGUCUGAUUGAUUCUGAUGGACAUCAUCGCAUUGUUGACUACCACGCCGAUCAUCACUCCGGAUUCAAUGCUGUCGUUCGUCGGGAGCCAACGCACGUCAAGAUCGCCCAGCCAGUGCACAAAGUUAUUGCCCAGCCAGUGCAUAUUGCUUCUCAUGCUGUCGCUCCAGUGCAUCAUGCCACCAUCUCGCAUCAGGCGGCACCAAUUGCGCAUAUCUCACACAUUGCCGCCCCAAUUUCGCAUCAUGGUCUCUCGCAAAAUGGUCAUUAUUAUUAGAAUGAUUUAACCAGAUAUUUCUCUUAGUCAGACAACUUAGAUAAUGAAAUAGGCAAUUUGUUCUGUGCUGAACGAAUAAAUUAAACUUAUAUGCGAAAAUAAUUGAUAAAUGAUUUACUCCAAUUUUUUUUUCAAACAUUUAUUAUUUACUGGGGUGUGACAAAACCUUUAAACAUCAUAUAACUUGAAAUGGCAUUUGUUGUAGGAAAAUAGUUUCUAAAAUCCUUCAUACUUAUACAGGCACCGUUGUGCGUGAUAAGUUAUAGAUUAGUGACGCGGUAUAUUUUGAAUAAGUAAAACUCUCGGGGAGUGUUUCGUGGCAGCGCACAUCUGUAGUCAGGGGCUCCGUAGGUCGCAAGUAUCUUUUGCGGAAAAUUUCACCAUUAUUUUAAAAAUAAUUCUCACUCCAGGUGAAAUCCGAAGAUUCAGCAGCAAUCUGUACUUUGACGAAAAAAUGGUUGAUAAUUCUAAAAAAAAAUCAUGAAUAGGGAUUUCAGAAAUGAACUGUUUAGUUUUCUAAAAUCACCAUUGGAUUAUGGUAAAUGAUCCAAUAGUGGAGGAACUAAGUAUGUUCUAAAACUUUUCAUUUUCCCAGAAUUAUUCAAAUACUUAUUUCACUCACCUUGGAUAUUUAUUUCAUAGUUUUCCUAAUCUAUUUUAAUAGAAAAUGCUUCCGUCGCAUGCAUUCCAUACAUUCCGUCCUUAAAUGACAACUUUAAUUAUUGGUACAUUGUUCCAAUAGUUGCAUUAUUUUUUUAAUUCGUGUCCCUAUACUAUGAACUCGGAAGUUAUAGCCAAAAUAUUAUUUUUCCCGAUAGAUCGCCUAAGAAAUUUUCACUCAUUUUUUUGGCACUUAUCUUCAACCGAAUUACUCGCAAUUCGCAAGUCGCAUUCGACGCAGAAUACAGACCCAUUGUUUCCUUUUGAAAAUUGGCCAGAUCGCACUAUGGGCUCGGAAGCUAUGGGCAAAAUCAAAUUAAAUUACAGAAAAAUCGCCUAAAAA